AUAUUCUUGAUUUCAUCAUCAAACCAUUUUAUAUACUCCAAAAGUAAAAGCUUAACAAAUAAGCAUCCAUAAUCUCUUUUCUCUCAUCAUCAUCACAAAAAAUGGCGUUUCCCUUCAACCAUAACACUUCCAACGUAACCCACACUCAUCACCACAAUCGCAGAGACGAAGAAGAACAACAACACUACCCUCCGCCUGCUCACAACCCCAACAACAAUUUCUCUCCAUUUAACCAACCACCACCACCACAUCAACCACCUUUCUACCCACCACCACCACAACCACAACCACCAUAUCAUCAUCAACAACCAGAAACUCAAGUCUUCCACACAGGACACGUGUCCAAUCAAAAUCAUUUUAAUCACUCAUCACCUCAACCUGACAUUCACUCUUUCAACCCCAAUUAUGGUGCAGCAUAUCCACCUGCACCACCAUCCGUACCUGAUCACUCUUCCACUCCAUUUCCAAACUCCACUGUUCAUCAUGUUUCUCAUGAAACAAUUCAUCAACCUCAUUUUCCUUCCAAUGUUCAUCACGUCAAUCAUGAGGUUCAGGUGCCUACUGCUCCUCUGUCCUCUAACAAACCUACUUUCAAGGUUGUUACCAAAGCUUCCCCAAAUUUCUCGCUUACCAUUCGUCGCGGUGAAGUUGUUCUUGCUCCUUCUGAUCCCUCCGAUCAGCAUCAGCAUUGGUACAAGGAUGAGAAAUGGAGUACCAGGGUGAAGGAUAAAGAGGGUUACCCUGCUUUUGCUUUGGUCAACAAGGCCACUGGUGAGGCUAUUAAGCAUUCCAUUGCUGCAACACAUCCAGUUCGGCUGGCACGUUACAAUCCAGACUAUCUUGAUCAGUCUGUUCUGUGGACUGAGAGCAAAGACCAGGGUAGUGGCUACAGAGCUGUAAGGAUGGUCAACAAUAUUCUGCUUAACAUGGAUGCCUUUCAUGGCGAUAAAAAUUCUGGAGGUGUGCAUGAUGGCACUACUGUUGUCCUCUGGGACUGGAACAAAGGUGAUAACCAGCAGUGGAAGAUCUCGCGCUACUGAGUACAACUGGAGGUACUGUGUCGACGGCUUUGAAGAUUUAUUAUCUAUAAGUUUAGAGGACUAUGAUAUCAUUUGUUUGAGUGGUUAGUGUUUGUUUUUUAAACUUGCAUGUGUUUCAUGAGGUAUAAAUGGUUUGCGAUACAGUUAUUGGUACCAGACAACCAGAUAUUAGAUUUUUCAUUAGAACAAGUGUGUUGAUUGCUGUGUAACAGUAUUCAUUUUAAUGUGAUGUGUUUAAGCAUUAACCUA